UCACUGAAUAUAAACAUAUGAAUAUUCACAACAUUCUUCAUUGGAGAUUCUUGGCAAAUAAAAUCGCUUCCUUUCAAAGCCGAUUCAAAAAACGAAGUGGUUUCGAAAUGAGGGACAAAGCUCAUAAAAUUUGCCGGGAAUUUCUUAGCGGCACAUGGAAAAGUAUAUCGAGCUCAGAUAUGGUAUUCAGAUCUCUCAGUGGUGGCUUGAGCAAUUUGCUUUAUUAUUGUUCCUUACCAGAGACUCAUACACCUUUAAUAGGAGAACCUGGUCAAGUUUUACUUCGUAUGUAUGGACAACUUCAUGAUGGUGGUGUAGACUCAACAGUAACAGAGAGUGUCAUAUUUAUGAUGCUGGCCGAAAGACGACUUGGACCAAAACUCUAUGGAAUAUUUCCUGGUGGCAGAUUAGAAGAAUACAUUCCAGCUCGUGCUUUAACUUGUCAAGAAUUAAAAGAUUCAGAUAUUUCUGCAACAAUUGCAAGGAAAUUAGCUAAAGUACAUAGUUUACAAGUUCCCAUUAAUAAAGAACCAACUUGGUUAUUUGAUAAAAUGGCUAGUUGGCUUACUUAUGCUCGAAACAAUGUGUGUCCUAACAAAUUAAAAGAUGAUGAUAAAAAGUUGGCCGAUUACAUUUUAUUUCAUAAUCUAGAAGAAGAAUUGGAAUGGUUGAAACAUCAUCUACAGCAAGCAAAAUCACCAGUGCUCUUCUGUCAUAAUGACUUACAAGAAGGUAACAUACUUCGACCUGAAGGUUCGCAGGCAACGGAUGAUAAGGUUGUUUUUAUAGAUUUUGAAUUUUGCAGUUAUAAUUACAGGGGCUUUGACUUAGCAAAUCAUUUUUGCGAAUGGUGUUUUGACUAUUCGGAUCCCAAAUAUCCACACUUUACUUCUGAGCCAGAAAACUAUCCGACACAGGAACAGCAGCUACAUUUCAUCAGAUACUAUCUAGAAGCUGCUUCGUUUGACAAAAAUCCUGACCUGAUACAUUAUAACACGGAAGAAAACAUUCUAGAAGAGAUUAGAAUUUUCAACCUUGCAUCUCACUUCCUAUGGAUGCUGUGGUCCAUUGUCAAUGCACAGACUUCUAAAAUUACCUUUGGUUACUGGGAAUAUGGUAAAACAAGACUUGACUGCUAUUUUAGAGACAAGUCGUUACUGCUACAAUGAAAGCUUCUCCACGCCCACAUUUCCCCGAAAGUGCACCAAAGAAUUUAUGAUGUAUCAGUAUUUUAUUUAAAUUGAAUUACCAAUGAUGGUUGUGCAAUAUAAUUUUCUUCAUUUCUUACUUAUUUUACAUAAUGAAACCUAGGGAAGAAAAUUUUUUUUAAUUUAAAAUUUGUAUAGUGUAAAUGGGAUAUUAUUUUGGUAUAUUGUAUAGGCCUACUGUGAUUUAAUUUCUUUUUUUGUAUACGUAUAUAUUUCUAGAAAUUGUAGUUUUAAAGUGCAAUUUCUGAAAUAUACUUAGUUUGUUCAGAGAAGUUAUUAUUUUUUUAAUUUGUUAAGUAUCUGUAGUACUUAAUUUAAAAGUGUAAAUAGGAUCGUUUCUGUAUAUAGGAAUGGAGCACGUCACUGUCUGAAUAUUUUCGAGUGUGUGGGCUCGGUAUAAAUACUUUGCAUUGAAAUGAAUGUGAUAAAAAUGUCCUAACGUGUACUUAUUCAUUCCAUUCUUUUAAAUCAGGUACUGCAAUUUCUAAAAAUGUUAAUCUGUUGGAAUUUUUUUCUCCAAUUAUUUUUAACUAAUAAAUUUUAUAAAUACUGUAAUGUCAAAUAAAAAAUGAGUU